CAAGUCCCGACAGAUGACUGCAAUUUCCUCAGCGACAUGCGCCGGACCUCACACACCAUCUGUACAUACUAGACGACCCGCACCGCGACCAAUUGCUCUAGCGACCACGUCCCAUUUAUAGCCAUGCCCUCGUUACCGUCACAUGCGUCACCUGGCCUGCCUCCGCUGUAUUCACCGGACCCGAACCGCCGCGACCCGUUCGACGACCACAACUCCGACGAAGACCUAGGGAAGAGUGCGAUACGCAACAAUGCGCCGAAUGCGCCACAAGAGCCUCCGCCGUCGAUAAUCAGCCCCGCCUUCACCCCGCCAGCGACACCAGGAACCUCGACACCCUCCCACCCGCGCCCACCACGCUCGAUACCCGUCGACACCUCCACAGCCUCGCAAACAGAACGGCCGGAGCUCUUGGAGAAACUGCCCGAUGUCGCAUGCGAAGUGCGCGCGCGGAUACCGACGACUACCGGCCAUGAGAUGUGGCUACAUGUAUACAGGAACAGCGUGGAUACCAAAGAACACCUCGCCAUCGUCUUCGGUGGCAAGAUCCGCUCGCGCUCCCUCGACGCCGAGCGCCCCGGCGAAACCGAACUCGACCGCAUGACCCGCGGCGCAUACGUUGGCCGCCUCUACCCCGGCCGCACAUCCUCGCGCGUCGAGCAGAUAAAGCGCUCCGAAGGCGUGCCCUCGAAACGCAUACCUGACAAGAUCCCCGAAAACACAAACGGCAUGCCCUCCCCCUCCUCCCCGGCCUCCUCCGAAAACGGCGACGCCCAGUCCAUCACAUCCUCCGACCUUCCCCUCGUCCGCAUCCACUCCGAAUGCUACACGGGUGAGACCGUAUGGUCCGCGCGCUGCGACUGUGGCGAGCAACUCGACGAAGCCGCACGGCUGAUGGCCGACCCCACGCUGUCCCCCUCUGGCGGCGCAAUCAUCUACCUGCGCCAAGAAGGGCGGGGCAUCGGGCUCGGCGAAAAACUCAAGGCAUACAACCUCCAAGAUCUUGGGAACGACACAUACGAAGCGAAUAUCCUUCUCAGACACCCCGCCGAUGCGCGGAGUUACGGGCUCGCUACGGCCAUGUUGAUGGAUUUGGGACUGGGCGGAGAGCGGGGGAUCAGACUGCUCACGAAUAAUCCGGACAAGGUGCAUGCGGUCGAGGGCCCCGGGAGGGAGGUUGUGGUUAGGGAGAGGGUGGCUAUGGUGCCGCUUGCGUGGAAGACGGGCGGCGAGAGGGGGAUUAAGAGUGACGAGGUGGAGAAGUAUUUGAGCACCAAGAUUGAGAAGUUCAAACACAUGUUGGAUCAGAAGUGAGAUAUUUAGAUGUGGGAGUUUGGCUUUGUUGUAUAUACAGAGGAGUCAGAGGCUGCACUGCGCAAGCAUAUUUGGCUGGAUUCGCCAUACGGACGGUGAUUACAUUGCAUUUACGAAUUCAGCAGAGCGUACGCAUGCACUUCUAUCAAGUCCCGCUAACCAUUCAACGCUCCAUCCCGCUCAA